CUCAAAAACUUGUUGGUGGUUGUCUCCGGUGAGUUCAUCGGCACGUUUGUGUUCCUCUGGUGCGCAUACAUGAUUGCCAGCGCCGCCAACCACGACUCGUUCUACGACGCAGACUCCGCCAACCCGGCCAAAAUCAUCAUGAUUGCCUUCGGCUUCGGCUUCGGCGUCAUGGUGGGUAUCUUCUUGACCGCCAGAGUGUCCGGCGGUAACUUGAACCCAGCCGUCACCCUCUCGCUCGUCUUCGCCAGAGCCGUGGACCCGGUCAAGGGUCUCUGCAUGAUGAUCUCCCAGCUCGUGGCCGGCAUGGCUGCCGGCGGUGCCGCCAGCGCCAUGACCCCGGGCCCGGUCUUGUUUGCCAACACCUUGGGAGGCGGCUGCUCCAAGGGUAGAGGCUUGAUGAUUGAGGCCUUCGGCACCUGUGUCUUGUGCAUCACCGUCUUGAUGACCGUUGUCGAAAAGUCCUCCUUGAACGACUUUGCUCCCGUCUGUAUCGGUAUCUCCCUCUUCAUCGGCCACUUGAUCUGCAUCUACUACACCGGCGCUGGCUUGAACCCGGCAAGAAGCUUGGGUGCCGCCGUCGCCGCCCGUUCCUUCCCUGUCUACCACUGGAUCUACUGGAUCGGCCCUAUGAUCGGCUCCAUCAUCGCCGCAGGUAUCUGGUACUUCUGGACCCUCCUCAACUACCAGGAGGCCAGCGAGGAAGCCGAG